GUGCCUUGCUCAAGGGGCACAUCGACAGAUUAUUAACCUAGUCGGCUCGGGGAUUUGAACCAGCAACCUUUUGGUUACUGGUCCAAUGCGCUUUUACUAUAUAUUUUCGAGAUAUAGGAAGCCAUUCUCGUGCUGAUGUUCUCUUGAUAAGUGCCUAACUUCCAUUGAUUGAUUCUAAUUCCAAUAAUUCAGAGUGAUUCUGAAACACGCGGGGUGUGCUCAUCACCAGAUUCCAACCUGCACUUUGAACCAUGGCAAGCAAACCGGUGUGGGAGCAGAUAGGUGCAGGCUUUGUGCAACAUUAUUACCAACAGUUUGAUUCUGAUAGAACCAAACUUGCUGACCUCUAUACUGAUGCGUCAUGUUUAACAUGGGAAGGAGUUGGUUUCCAGGGGCACAAAGCCAUUAUGGAGAAGAUCACUACCUUAUUGUCUCCCUUACUGCAGAGUUUACCGUUCCAGUCGAUCCAGCACAGCAUCACCGCACAGGACCACCAGCCCACACCAGACAGCUGUGUGAUGAGCAUGGUGAUGGGACAGCUCAAGGCUGACACGGACCAGGUGAUGGGAUUUCAACAAACUUUCCUGCUGAAGAACGUGGACAACAAAUGGAUCUGCACCAACGACAUGUUCAGAUUGGCACUACAUAACUUUGGAGCGUAGGAGGAAAUGGAAGGAUCACGUACAUUCCACAGAGAGAGUUAGCUUUUUAUAUUACAUUUCAACUUUACAUGUAUGUGUUUUGUUAGAGAAUGCUUGUCAGAUUCUUUUGUCUUCAAUAAACUCAUGUUAAGCAAUUUUAAGACUGUUCUGGACAGUUCACUGCAAACUGUUACAGCGGUGGUGAAUGAUGCACAGGAACACAUCAGAAUAAAUUCAUUCCCAAAUA